CGGCGGCGGCGGCGGCGGCGGCGGUUACUAUGGCGGAGUCGGCCGGAGCCUCCUCCUUCUUCCCCCUUGUAGUCCUCCUGCUGGCGGGCAGCGGCGGCUCGGGACCCCGGGGGAUCCAGGCUCUGCUGUGUGCGUGCACCAGCUGCCUACAGGCCAACUACACAUGUGAAACAGAUGGGGCCUGCAUGGUUUCCAUCUUCAACCUGGACGGGAUGGAGCAUCAUGUGCGCACCUGCAUCCCCAAGGUGGAGCUGGUCCCUGCCGGGAAGCCCUUCUACUGCCUAAGCUCAGAGGAUCUUCGGAACACUCACUGCUGCUAUACCGACUUCUGCAACAAGAUUGACCUCAGGGUGCCCAGUGGCCACCUCAAGGAGCAGGAGCCCGAGCACCCUUCCAUGUGGGGCCCUGUGGAGCUGGUGGGCAUUAUUGCUGGCCCAGUCUUCCUCCUGUUUCUCAUCAUCAUCAUCGUUUUUCUUGUCAUUAACUAUCAUCAACGUGUCUACCACAACCGCCAGAGACUGGACAUGGAGGACCCUUCAUGUGAGAUGUGUCUCUCCAAAGACAAAACACUCCAGGAUCUUGUCUACGAUCUUUCCACAUCAGGAUCUGGCUCAGGGUUACCCCUUUUUGUCCAGCGCACAGUGGCUCGAACUAUCGUUUUGCAGGAGAUUAUUGGCAAAGGCCGGUUUGGGGAAGUGUGGCGUGGCCGCUGGAGGGGUGGUGAUGUGGCGGUGAAAAUUUUCUCUUCUCGUGAAGAACGCUCAUGGUUCCGGGAAGCAGAGAUAUACCAGACAGUUAUGCUGCGCCAUGAAAACAUCCUUGGAUUUAUUGCUGCUGACAAUAAAGAUAAUGGCACCUGGACCCAACUAUGGCUUGUCUCUGACUAUCAUGAGCAUGGUUCCCUGUUCGAUUACCUGAACCGCUACACAGUGACCAUCGAGGGGAUGAUUAAAUUAGCCCUGUCUGCUGCCAGUGGAUUGGCACACCUGCAUAUGGAGAUUGUGGGCACUCAAGGAAAGCCUGGAAUUGCUCACCGAGACUUAAAGUCCAAGAACAUCCUGGUAAAGAAAAACGGCAUGUGCGCCAUCGCGGACCUGGGCCUGGCUGUCCGUCAUGACGCGGUUACUGACACCAUUGACAUCGCCCCAAAUCAGAGGGUGGGAACCAAACGAUACAUGGCUCCUGAAGUGCUUGAUGAAACCAUUAACAUGAAACACUUUGACUCCUUUAAAUGUGCUGAUAUCUACGCCCUUGGGCUUGUAUACUGGGAGAUUGCUCGAAGAUGCAAUUCUGGAGGAGUCCAUGAAGAAUACCAGCUGCCAUAUUACGACCUGGUGCCCUCUGACCCUUCCAUUGAGGAAAUGCGAAAGGUUGUUUGUGACCAGAAGUUACGGCCCAACAUCCCCAACUGGUGGCAGAGUUAUGAGGCACUGCGGGUGAUGGGGAAGAUGAUGCGGGAGUGCUGGUACGCCAAUGGCGCAGCCCGCCUCACGGCGCUGCGCAUCAAGAAGACCCUCUCCCAGCUGAGCGUGCAGGAAGACGUGAAGAUCUAAGCUGCUUCCCUUGCCUACUCGAAUCUGGGCAGCGAGGCUGACCCGCAGUUGCCGUGCUGAGUACAGUGGAGGUCUACCUCUUGUUUCUGCCCAGCCCUCUGGCCAGAACCCUGGCCCGCAAGAGGGACAGAGCCCGGGAGACUUGCUCACUCCCAUGUUGGGUUUGAGACACAGACACCUUUUAUAUUUACCUCCUGAUGGCAUAGAGACUCUGAAAACAAAUUGUGUGGAGUACUCGAUGCCACAACUCAAACUGCUUGCAGUGAGAAGUCCGCAAAACCGGUGCAUCUGGCAUGUAGCCAGGAGUGGUGAAAGGGUGGCCUGGGAGGGGCCAAGAGGACCCUAGUUGCAUUGUGGUUAGUGCUAAGCUGGGCCGUGGAUAUUCCUCCAGGGACCAGCUGACCUCGUACCAAAGUGUCCAGAGGAACUGGAAGUGAGCCCCUCUCACAGGCAGCUCUGAGCCACGCGCUCUCCUCACUCAGACAUCUGGAGGGACUGCCAGUGGAGACGCACCCUGCGCCUGUCUGUCAAGCCACGUGUGCAUGUGCCGAGGUGUAUCCCCUGUUGUGCCUGGUCUGUGCCACGCCCUUACACGUGUGUGUGUAUGUGUGUGUCUGUAGGUGCGCACUUACCUGCUUGAGCUUUCUGUGCAUGUGCAGGCCAGGGGUGUGAUGGUCAUGCUGUCUCUGUGUGCUGAUGCCUCUAUCAUGGUGAGCAGCGUCCAGUUUCCCUGGUACCCUCCUGAAGGUCUCUCUUGGCCCCCAGCCCCUUCCAGGGUGGUCUUCUUUUCCCAGCAAGCUGCUCUGCCCACCCUGUGUCAGUAUGGCUCUCCUCUUCCAUUUCAGACCAGAACCAAAGCUGGCCCAGUUGUCCAUGGCAGAAGAGGCUUUUGGGUCAGAAUGUGAGGGGGAGAGGGAUGAACUGGGAAAUAAUGUAGGCAGAAGGCUUGGCUGUUUUGGGCAGUGUCAAGUGUGGGACAUGAGCCAGCCCAGACGUGGCUUCUCAACAAUGUCUAGGAAGGGCCAGGGAAUCUGAAGCCAGAUCUUGGAACUCAGAUAGGAACGUCACAUCUGUCCAUCCCACCCCAGAUUCUGCAAACUGCAGUGUAUAUUUUUGGUGGUGGUGGGUUUGGG